AUGAGUUGUUUUCAGGUUGAAAGCAAUAAAAUGGCAAAAUUCCUUUCUCUGCACGUACUCUUGAUUGGUUCUGUGAUACUUUAUAUUAUUCUUGGAGCUAUUGUAUUUCAAAUGCUGGAAGGAGAACACUUAGAUGCUCUCAAAAAAGAUCACAUGGAUCGAAUAGACCAGAAUGCGAAAGAUUAUGUGAAUCGACUAUGGGAUCUAGCCAAGGAGAACAAAAAUAACUAUGGUACCGUCGAUGACUUGAUAAAAUUCGUAAAGUCAGAAACCGUUGACGAUUUCAACAAUUAUGUCGAUACAGUAUUUUAUGCUCACAGAGCUGUAAGACACGGAUACGAUGAGGUAGAUCCAGAUAUAGUGAUUUUUGAUUCUCCUACAUGGGAUUUUGCAAAUUCUGUGUUUUUCACUACUACCAUGCUGACAUCCAUCGGAUAUGGUUAUGUAGCACCCAGUACAUUUGGCGGAAGAUUAUUUGGAGUUAUCUACUGUUUGAUAGGAAUACCUCUAACUUUGGUAACAGUCGCAAACGUUGCCAAAUUUCUAUCAGAGACCAUAUUCUUCUUGCAUUAUGAACUUUGGAACAAAUGUCUCGAAUGGAAACGAAAACGAAAAGGAGAAGUAGAAGCUGAUCCAGCGCAACCAAUGUUCGGUGACGACGAAAACGAAGAAGAGAUUCUAGAUCGAGUUCGAUUAGUUCGGUUCCCUCCGUUGACAGUUUUCAUGUUUGUUUUCGUGUAUGGUUGCAUUGCUGCUUGGGUGGUACGGUAUUGGGAAACAUGGACUUAUGUCGAGAGCCUCUACUUUAUAUUUAUCAGUAUUCUAACCGUAGGUUUUGGAGAUAUCCGACCAUCUCCUGGGAAUAUUUGGGUUACAUUGGCUUUCGUCGUAGUCGGUGUGAUUCUCACUACCAUGUGUAUGGAUGUGGUUGGAAGAAUGUACUUGAAGGAAAUUCACUAUUUGGGUAGAAAAUUGAAAAGCAACAAUCCAUUCUAUCUACUGAGAGAAGCUAAAGCCAGGAGACGCCGAGCAGCAAUGGCCUCAUUACUGGCACAAUUGGCCAAAGGAAUGAUUUUCGCUCAUAAAGAUUAUAACGAAUUGGCCCGAAAGAAGUCAAAGAGAAAGAAGGAAAAGCGACGAGGGAGUCAUGUUCUACCAAAUGAGAAAUUCAUGUUCGCCCGACUACCACCAGACCCACCAAGUGAUUGUCAAGUUGUUAGUACUUCUGCGUACUCUGUCAGACUGGCCUGGGCUCCACCUUUCUCACCCGAUCCAGAUUUGACGUAUAACAUUCGAUACCGGUUGAAACACAAUGAAGACGCAAAAGUUAGAGAACUCCGAGGAAUAAAAGGAAACACAGUUGAGAUAAUGAGUGUCGAUUCUUGCUCCCUUUACGAGUUCAGAAUCACAGCUCAUAAUAAAUUUGGAGAGAGCAAGGCUGUAUACUUAGUUCAAUAUACUGAACCCCAACUGAGCCCUCAACAUAUAUUGGCAACACGUCUAAAUGCUAAUACUAUUGAACUGACAUGGGAACCACCAUAUAAAAAAUCUCACGAAGUCAAAAACUAUGUUGUGUACUUCACCGAGAAUCCAAAUGCAUCACUUUCAGAGUGGGAGAAAAUUCCAGUGAACGGAAGAAGAGUAGUCUUCCCAGAUCUACGUUUCGAUUGGUUCUACAUGUUCAGUGCCACUGCUGUUUUCAAAGAUGGACAAAGGUCUCCUCUUUCAAGGGCCCUUUUUAUAAAAACUGAUAAAAUUGAGUUCCAUAAACAUUUGGCAUUGUCUCGAAACGGCCUGAAAUCUAAACAUUACAAACUCCCACAUAACUUUGAGACUUACGCAGAAAGCGGAAUAUACUUCUGGAGAGUAUGUUUCACCUGUAAACAUAAAAUGUGCAGAAGAAAAAGUAUUUUAAGGCUUCGGAACAUGUAA